GACGAUGACCAACAAACGGCGACGGCGCUGGACAAGCAAAACGCCAUCGAUGAUUGGCUUCCGAUCACCUCCUCACGGAACGCCAAGUGGUGGUUCUCCGCCUUCCACAACGUCACCGCCAUGGUCGGUGCCGGAGUCCUCAGCCUCCCAUUCGCCUUGUCGGAGCUCGGAUGGGGACCUGGCGUCGCCAUACUCGUGACAUCGUUGAUCAUCACUCUGUACACCCUCUGGCAAAUGGUGGAGAUGCACGAGAUGGUUCCCGGCAAGCGGUUCGACCGCUACCACGAGCUCGGGCAGCACGUGUUCGGCGAAAAGCUCGGGCUCUGGAUCAUCGUCCCGCAGCAGCUCAUGGUCGAGGUGGGCGUCAACAUCGUCUACAUGGUCACCGGCGGCAAGUCACUGAAGAAAUUCCACGAACUCGUCUGCCCUAAUUGCAGCAACAUCAAGCUUUCCUACUUCAUCAUGAUCUUCGCCUCCGUGCAACUCGUGCUCGCUCAGCUCCCCAACAUGAAUUCCAUCUCCGGUAUCUCCUUGGCCGCCGCAGUCAUGUCCCUCAGUUACUCCACCAUCGCCUGGGUUGCUUCAGCAAACAAAGGGAAGCAGCCGGACGUAGACUUCAGCUACAAGGCUUCGACCAAAGUAGGAGUUUUCUUCAACUUCCUCAGCGCGCUAGGAGACGUCGCCUUCUCCUACGCCGGGCAUAACGUCGUUCUCGAGAUUCAGGCGACCAUACCUUCCACCCCCGAAAAGCCUUCAAAGAAGCCGAUGUGGAAGGGCGUCGUCGUCGCGUAUCUCGUCGUCGCUAUUUGCUACUUUCCGGUGGCCAUCCUCGGAUACUGGACCUUCGGCAACGCCGUCGACGACAACAUUCUAAUGACACUCCAGAAGCCGACCUGGUUGAUCGCUGCUGCUAACAUGUUCGUCGUCAUCCAUGUCAUCGGAAGUUACCAGAUCUACGCCAUGGGCGUAUUCGACAUGCUAGAGACACUGCUCGUGACGACGUUUCGCCUUCCACCUGGAAUAACACUUCGCCUGGUUGCUCGGAGUCUCUACGUCGCGUUCACAAUGUUCGUCGCCAUUGCCGUUCCCUUCUUCGGCGGCUUGCUUGGAUUCUUCGGAGGCUUUGCAUUCGCCCCGACAACUUAUUACAUCCCCUGCAUCAUGUGGCUGACUGUCUACAAGCCCAAAAGGUUCAGCUUAUCUUGGACGGCAAACUGGAUCUGCAUUGUUCUGGGAGUGUUGCUGACGGUCUUGGCGCCUAUUGGAGGCUUGAGGUCGAUCAUUCUGAGUGCCGAGAGCUACCAGUUCUUCUCCUGA